CAAUCACUCCCCGUCUUCACGACUCUCGUAUCAUUUCUUGGGGCUUAUUUACUGUCUCUCUUUCACCCCUUUUUAGUCUUGAUGCCAUUGAGUAAUUAAUUGACGACACCCCAUCUCGAAGGUCUUCCUAGGCGAUCCAAGGCCAACAGCCCUGGUUGCCGGCCCUCCUCCCUUCUGACGAACCUGAAUCCUCCCCAACAGAUCAUCGUCCACAACCUCCCUCGCCAGCCCUAUCAAACACUUUUCAAUACUGUUCUCUCAUAUGCGAAUAUGGCGGCCACGAAGGAAGAGCCGCAGGCUUUCUUCUCAACCUACGCGCCCCGUCUGCGCACCUACGCCAACACACUCUUGACGCCUGUCCUGCCGUCCUCCCAACCGACCAACCCCCUCGCUCGCACCACCAAGCGAGGUACUACGAUCAUCAACUAUGCAGAAGAUGGCUAUGAUAUAGAAGACUCGGACUCGGACGAUAGACGGCGGCCCACCGGUCUGCGCAGUUUGCGACGCGAGGACAGCUCCAUCAAGAUUGACCCCAGCGACAAGGUCAACAAGGAGACAACAGAACCCGUGGAGAUGCAGGGCAUAUACCGCGAGUGGAUGAACAAGUCGAAGCAGGGCCUCGCCGACAUGCAGGGCUAUGCGCAGUCGUGCCUGCCUUUGACCCUGAUCCCGAUCCGCAUCGACCUCGACAUUCCAGCCUUCAUUCCUCAGCCGCCGCAUCCUCUCCCGCCCCAGGGCGCGCUCGGCGUCGACUACAACGCGCCGCAGUACAGGAUGGGCGAGAUGACGCUGCCCUACAGGCUCAAGGACACGUUCUUGUGGAAUCUUCACGAGACCCUCAUCACGACAGAUCAGUUCGCCGCGACGCUCGUGCAAGACCUCGACCUCCCUCCCUCCCACCGACAGCAGUUCAUCACCGAGAUCAGCAAGCAGAUUCGCACGCAGCUGGAAGAGUACGCAGGCGUCGCCCUGCACCCUCUAUUCCAUUCUCACACGUCCUCGGCCGAACCACAGCGACAAUCUGGGACGAGUAUACCGGCGACCCCGCAACCGGCAGCGCUGGGCGCCCACGGCGCCGACACCCCAGUGCGAAGCGCUGAAGUGGCGGCGACUGCAGAGCAUGUCUCAGCCGACGACGCGGACGAACUGAAUCCUGACGACACGUACCGCUGCAUCAUUAACCUCACCAUCAACAUGGGAAAUCAGCUCUACUCGGACAAGUUCGAAUGGUCCCUGCUACAUCCCCCUGGGACGGCCGAGGUUUUCUCCAAGCAGACGUGCGCCGACCUUGGCCUCACGGGCGAAUGGGUCCCAGCCAUGACGCAUGCCAUCUAUGAGGCGGUCUUGCGGCUAAAGAAAGAGGCGUGCGAAUCCGGCGGCGUGAUUUCGGGGUGGGUAGGUGCCACGGCGCUGAACGCGUCCGACUUCCCUAACGAUGCGGCGAUCACGUCACAUGGCGAGCGCGCGGGCUGGCGGUACGAUCCAGAACACCUCGCCGAUGAUUGGGAGCCCAAGAUUGAGAUGCUCAGCAAGGAGGAGAUCGAGAAGCGAGAAGGCGACCGCGAGCGGCAGAUCAGGCGGCUGCGCAGGGAGACGGCACGAUUCUCGAGCAACACAGGCAUGGUAGGCGGCGUGCCCUCGGGCUUCGGCUUUGCUGGUCUGAUCGAGCAGGAGGAGGAGCGAAUGGGCCGUGGCGAGCGGAGCAAAAAGAAGAAGCGCUUCAGGAGCCUGUCGCCACUGGCGAGGGCGGGCACGCCCGGCGGCGGCGGCAGAUUCACGCCUGAUGUUGGAGGUGGAUAUGGCGGUGGCGGGGCGCUUGCAGAACAUGAGCGCUUCACCUGGCGGUGUUCUCAUUGUGAGAUUUGGGGGACGUGUGUCUGGGCCGUCCGCGACGGGCCCCGUGGACCGAGGUCAUUAUGCAAUAAUUGCGGCUUCAUAUACGAACGAGAUCGCAAGCUUCCGAGAUGGACCAAGGCCCUGCACUCAAAGGACCUACGGCCAGUGUAGACAAAGGAACCGGAGAGAGACCUAUUCAGGCGUUUGGUGGCUAUAAUUGAUGAUAUGAUAUCUGGUGGGUUAGGCUGACCUUGAUUUUCAAAAGUUGCUUCUGAGGCUGAAGGAGUAGUCUCUGGUCUUUGUACGAUCAAGGUGCUCUUGUAUCAUACACAUUUUCUGCUGCUCUUGAAGUUGUGCCCUUUUUAUUCUACCAUCGGGAAUGGCCCACACAUGUCCUUUUUGUUGGCAAACUAGACAUCUUUUCAAGUCUUGAACAGAAGGUACAGAGAUGGCAGCAAUGACAGUUUAAUCAAUUUACAAU